AUGCGGUUUCUCCUCACCUUCUCCUUCCUGCUGGUGUCCACAGGUGAGGAUGGUGACAAGAUGCCGGAAGGUGAGGAGUGCGUGCCCCACUCCCAGCCGUGGCAAGUGGCCCUCUACGAGCGUGGACGCUUCAACUGCGGUGCUUCCCUCAUCUCCCCACGCUGGGUGCUGUCUGCGGCCCACUGCCAAACCCGCUUCAUGAGCGUGCGUCUGGGCGAGCACAACCUGCGCAAGCGCGAUGGCCCGGAGCAACUGCGGGCUGUUUCGCGCGUCAUCCCACAUCCGGGCUACGAAGCGCGCAGCCACCGCCAUGACGUCAUGUUGCUGCGUCUAGUGCGGCCCGCGCACCUGACCUCCCAGGUCCACCCCGCGGCGCUGCCCUUGCGUUGCCCCAGGCCCGGCGAGGCCUGUGUGGUCUCCGGCUGGGGCCUGGUGUCCGACAACGAGCCUGGGACCACAGGGAGCCCCGAGUCACAAGUGAGUCUACCAGAUACGUUGCAUUGUGCCAACAUCAGCAUUAUUUCGGACACAUCUUGUAACAAGGACUAUCCAAGGCGCCUGAUGAACACGAUGGUGUGUGCCGGAGUAGAGGGCGGAGGCACGGACUCCUGUGAGGGUGACUCCGGGGGACCCCUGAUCUGUGGGGGUGUCCUGCAGGGCAUUGUGUCCUGGGGUGAUGUCCCUUGUGACACCACCACCAAGCCCGGUGUCUAUACCAAAGUCUGCCGCUACUUGGAGUGGAUCAGGGAAACUAUGAAGAGGAACUGACUAUUUUGGCCUGCCACCUGUGUCCCUGACUGAGCAGAAGCCCCCACAGCUGGCUUGCAGCCUCAUCCUGACCUGGGACAGAAUUGGGCCAUCCCCCAAGACCCUUUCCAAGGCCCAGAUGUUACCCAAGAACUUGUCCUGCCUGAAGCCAAAGCUGAUUCUCAAGGUCACCUGUAUAACACCAAGAAAACAGAGCUCUGAUCCAAGUUUCUUUGUAGGAGUUUCUGUGACUUUCUUCUGGAACGAAGGGAAAUGGAAGCCAGAGAUUGGGUGGUGAACCUAGAGACACCGUACACUGUUACUUUUCACUCACUGCCCCCAUCCCUAGUUGUGGAGAAAUGGCUUGAAGCCGGUCUCUCUGUUCAUUCAAUACAUAUGACCAUCUGUGUUUUCUUGAACAAGAGGCCGAAUCUCG